AUCAUUCUGGGGCAAAUAAGAAGCAGGUCGAUAAUUAGACCCAGUGUCUUCAUAAGUUUGGUCAGCCAAAGGCGAGGAAGUAGUUUGGAGUUGAUGAGAAUUGUGGGACACUUGUGGUCAUAAGUCACCAUGGGAGUCUGGGGUUUUUCUUCGGGGACCUUGUUUUCGUCGUACGACGUGAAACCUAUGUGGACAUUUGGACCUGGCUUUGAGGUUGAAGUAGCGGCGUCAGAUCCUGAAGGUUUGGUAGCAUUUGAAGGUCUAGAACUUGAAGGUCUGUUGGAACUUGAAGGUCUGUUGGAACUUGAAGGUCUGUUAGAACCUGAAGGUCUAUUAGAACUUGAAGGUCUGUUGGAACUUGAAGGUCUAUUAGAACUUGAAGGUCUGUUGGAACUUGAAGGUCUGCUAGAGCCUGAGGAAGGUUUACCAAAGGAAGGUUUGUUACCUGAAGGUCUCCCAGGGCCUGAAGGUCUAUUAGAACCCAAAGCUCCUCCUGACCCUAAAGGUUUAUCAGAGCUUACAGGUCUACCAGACCCAUCAGACACUUUAGUCCUAUUAGUCUUCCCCGAAUCCAUAUUAAUCAAAUGCACCACGGUGUUCUGUGACACCUGGGUCUGAGGAUUGUGAACAGUCUUAUUCUUCAACAGCAUCCAGCUCGGAGCCUCCGUGGUGUCAGGACGUAAAUAAACGGGAUAAAGGUA